UAUUGUGUGUUUGUUUGAUUGCAGGCAAGGGAAGAGAUCUAUAUAAUACAAUCAUGAAGCCUACAACAGUUUUGACGCUAGCCGUCUUCUGCACCCUUUACACCAUCAUCACAGCCGCCUCGAUAUCCAGCAGGGAUGAUGACAUGUUUGACGUGACGGGAGACGAUCUGAGGCAAUUAGCAAAGAAAGUAGACACAUACGCAAGAAACAACGAAAUACAGUCACUACUAAAAAGAAAUGGGGAAUCUCGUGGCUGUUCAGGAUUCGGCGGCUGUGGGGUUCUGACUAUUGGUCACAACGCCGCCAUGCGCAUGCUCGCUGAAUCCAACUCGCCCUUCGGUGCCAGUGGUCCAGGCAAGAGAAGGAGAUCGGUUGACGCUGUAGCAAACCAAGAGGCGUAGAAAGGAUUGAACAACGGGAGUAGUGAAACAAGAAAACAUCAAAGCGUACUUUAAGCAACUGCUUUGCUUCUCAACUGAACAACGCCAAAGAUUCUACACAGACGACGUAUUUUUUUUGUCAGCUGAUUAUGAGUGUUCCGGAUUUUCAAACGUCAUUUUUUUUUUUUUUUUAAGUCAACGAAUUAAAAGAAAAUGAAGGUCAGCAAAUUAAGUAACCAGAGUAAACUUUCUGGAGGAUAUAUUUGUAUAUAGUAUUUAUAAAGGUUUAUUUUCAUGAAAUUUAUUGACUGUGGACGUAUCUGAAUUGUAAAAUGAAUCCGUCUUGUGGACGGCUUUUAAGUCUUAUUUAGCUAUCGUCCGUUUACUAUAAUUGUCACUUGUGCUCGAAAGGUGGUUUCAUGUGGUGGUAAUAUUCACACGGUUUGAUGUGGUAUAUUAAUGAGGUGACGUCAUCUUGACGGAAACGAACUCACCCAUUGUAUACACGUCAGAUGAAAAUAAACCUGAUCAACGUUAAGCUACAUAUUAAAUAGUCUGGCCCCGUAUGAACCAAACACCCGACGAUCUCUAUUUGGUUAAAUGGAAAUGGAUGUGUGUGGUACAAACCCUUCACCGUGUGGGUUCGAAUCCCGGUCGUGACACUUUUGACCUUAGCAAAUCACUUAAACUGUAAUUGGUAGCUUGAAAACGCUAGGUGGCAGCAGACUAACAAAUACAAUUUCCAUUGUGUACACAAUACUGAGCAUGUGCACAUUUCGAAGACAGUGGAUUUACCAGCUAAGACCACUGCCACCUAGUGCCAUCAUAAUUUUCUCAAUUAGUUUUGCGAUUGCAGAGGUGGUUCUGUCUAGCAGCGAACAAUACCUGAAAGCUCAAAUGAUUUAGCCCGAUACUUUAGACCCGGCUUAUAAUUAUACAAACCCAUCAGCACUAUAGCUGUAUACAAUUAUUAUGUUUAUCAUUUGUAAGUUUGUAAAUACUGUAUUACUCAUCAUUGACUAAUGGUAACACAAAAUCAGUGGUAAUAUUUGUUUUUUAAAUCGUAUGAGACAAGUUUGAGCAGAAUUGACCUUUAAUAUCUGCGCUUCAUAGUUACAACGACUUAUGUCAUUCAACUACGUCAUACAACAGCAAACACAACCUCGUCCCCAAAUCAACUUGUGCAUAAAACUUUACAUUGCAUAAGUACGAUCCGCAUAAGUUUGAUGUUUGAAAAGAGCUCGCCCCAGACAUCAGAUUAUUUGAGGAAGAGGUUGAUAAUUACAAAGUCAUGCGAUUGAUAAAUGAAUGCGAAAAAGUUUAAUUUUGCUUCACAAAAGUUAGUGAUUUAUAUUAGUAAACGUACUUUGUAAUGUAGAUGAAAUUGUUACAUUCCAUGAAUUUCUUUAUAAUUAUUGUCAUGAAUGAAUUAGUGAUUAUUUAUCUAAUUAAACUUCAGUAGUAACUGCUUCCAACAAGAA